UCACAGAGACUUAAAACCAGAGAAUGUAGUCUUCUUUGAAAAACAAGGUCUUGUAAAGUUGACAGACUUUGGUUUCAGCAACAAAUUUCAGCCAGGGAAGAAACUCACCACAAGCUGUGGAUCUCUUGCAUAUUCUGCUCCAGAAAUUCUGCUUGGUGACGAAUAUGAUGCCCCUGCUGUAGUUAACUGGGAAGAGAGAGGAACACACUCAGCCUCAUAAACAGCAUCAGCACGAGCCCCGGAGCUGACACCGUCCUCCUCUGUGGGAGUGAGGCGAGGGCCCACACGUCCCACCUUCGCUGCAUAGUACAGAAACAUCAGAUCGGCGAGCGGGAAAUUGAACUGUCUCCACUUGAAAUUGACAUGUUUAUCUACCUGGAAAAUCUCAAGAAAUCUGCAAAUUUCUAGAACUAAUGAAUUUAGCAAGAUCACAGGAUAUAAAAAAUCAUUGCAAAAUUAAUUACAUCUCUAUAAUGCUAACAGUGAACAGCACAUGGAGACCACAGUAUUGGGGGAUUUAGCUUUGUGGCACCGUGGCUGCCUCGCAAGCUCAGGGUCCUGAGUUCGAUCCCCUGUACCGCCAAAAAACAAAAAAAACCCAACAAAAAAAACAUACCUAAAAAAAAUUAUGCUAAAAGUUACAGAAUGGUAAAGGAAGAACUCAGAGACCUAAACAAAGGGCUAGACAUAUGGUGUUUAUCAAUUGGAAGACAGCACAGUACAGGCAACCUCUGUUUGAGAGGAAGCAGUGCCUGUCCCUGGGGAAGUCUGAGUCUCUGCAUCUGAGCCCCCGGGGCGUGGCCCUCAUGGUGGUCUCCCCACCUCCCUCAGCCCUCACCAGGCUGCCUCCUCGCUGUACCCCUCUCCUGCCCUCGUCCCCUCCUGGAGUCCUGGCACCCACCCGGUGCAUGGCGCGGGGCGCACACCAGACCCCAUCAGCCUUGCUCUGCCCAGGCGGCUCCUGAUUCCUCUUUGGGGGAUCACAGAGGGCCUUGUUUCCCUGAGCAUCAGCUGCCUCCCCGCAGGGACCUCCGAUGUGGAGCCUCAGUCUCGUGUGCCUCAGUCUCUCCGGGUGGGAGGAAGAAUGUCCGAGGUGCUGGCUUGUUUUGGAAAUUUGUCCUCAGGGAAUCUCUGAAAUGUUGGCUGCCGUGGGAAACUGGGAGGAGGGCAGGCCCGCAACCUUUGUGCCUGUCUUUCGCAUGUUGUUUUUAGUUGUAUUUAACUUUCAGCAUGCUCGGUUGUUUAUACUUAGGGAAUAGUUCACUUCUAAAGUAGGGAUUUUCCUUCCUUCUUAAAAAUGCUAGAUUAAAAGAUGAAGUCCUGGUAUUUAUUUGAUUAUGAGUUAGUCUCUCGGAACUUCAGAUGAGUUUUUCCAACCUCUGAGAACAGUAGCUGUUUCAAUACGGAAAUGCACAGGAACUGAACCCACUUUUACUGUCUUUAGUUUGCUGCAUAGAAAAUAUUUGAAAACACUAAAUCUGCUUAGUUGCUUUUUAAAGCUUUUCUGAGAUAAGAAUGUAAGCCUUUUGAAGAUGAAAACAUGAAACAAAAAAUUACACAACAAAAUUUAGCUUCAGAACAAACUGAACUGCAGUAAAUUCGGAGCCCUGUUAGGCAGUGCAUGCGUGUUGCUGGACAGGCUGAGCUGCAGCUGUUGCAGGCAGUGGUUUAGGGCUUGUGAGAAGUGGGCCCUGUGCCCACCCGAUGCACCUGGCUGGCUGGUGGCAGUCAGGGCCUCUUGGGAGACCUGUGCUAGGGGGACGCUGUGUGUGUGUGGCCCUGAGGCUGUCAGAUGCAGGAAGCGGCUUGAGAAGCACCUGCACGUGCUUGUACACAGGGCUGGGGCUGCCACUGUCACGGGGCUCGUGAGGAGCAGUGAUGUGGGGGGCAGAACCAAGUAGAGCAGCCCGGGCUGCUGCCACAGGUCUGUUCCAAACGUGGCCUUCACAGUCAUCAUUUCUUCUUUCCCUCUCUCUGUAGAGCCCUUUUUAUAGAACCCCUUUGACCUUCAGAAAACAUUGAUUUAUCUUAGUCAUAAUUGAUGUAUUAGCCUUUAUAAGGAGCGUGUUUACAAUGGCAUCCAGUGUAAAACACUGCCUAACUUAAUGUUUUACAUUUUUAAUUUAGAGUCAUUUUGAAUUCUGAAACUCAAACUGUAGGAUCUCAGCAUUUGUGGUGCCGUGUGAGGGGAGGAGAUCCAGCCUCGGUGGGUGAGGCGCACUCAGCUUGGGGCCGGACAGCAGCAGCACCACAGGUCGGGUCACUGCAACAGGGGAGAUGGGGUUGCCGUGGGGACCAGAAGCAGUGCGCAGCACUGGGAGGCUGCUUGCCCCGGCUGCCCUUCUGUGUGGACUCGGACGGGCCCGGCCAGGCCUGCCUCCCUUGGGCGGCUUGGUUGUCCUCUGCGAGGGCAAGCACUGGAGAGAGGGCAUCGUGUAUUCUGCUCUCCUCUGAGUCCGGCUGCUCCUCAGCACUGCACUCUUCGUGUCUGCCGAGUGGAUAAGUAGGAUGACCUAAAGAAACAAAAACUUACCAGGUUGAAUUGUGGAUCUUCCAAUUAGUGUUUGCUUAUGCCACAACUCCUUUUCUGAUGACUCCUAGAUGCUUAGAGGAUCGUUUGAGAGCUGUCCUCUGGGUAAUGCAGACAAACCACAUUCAGUGCCCGUUUUGGAGGCAGUUAGUGACUACUGUGAACCUCCCUGGCUCUGUUGUGAGUUCAUGGGCCUACAACUGUUGUGCAGGGAGGAUGUGCACAUAAUCAGCUGUGGAGAAGAAAAUACAGGUGUCUUUGGGUACCUGACUUGUUACUGUUUUGCACAUUAGCUCUUUUAUUUUCCUUAUUGUAUCUAAAAUUUCCUUGCUAUAACUUGGGUAGGAGAUCGUAGUGGGAAGUUUGACUUAGGGUUUAUAGAUGAGGCUGUGUCUGGAAGGAACAUCGAGUCAUUGGGUGCACGGUGUUCUUUUUACUUAUUUUUAUUUAAUUUUUUGUGUGUGCUGCUAGGCAAUCACUCUACCACUGAGCUACACCCCUAGCCCUCUUCUAAAAAGUCAAAUAAGCUCCACUUACAGGUGUUUGCUGUGUUCGGCAUGAUUGUUUUAGAAAUGAAUUCUAUGUUAUUGAUAGAAUUUAUUUGUCUCAACUUUUCACUGACCUAUGGAAGUCCUUGUUAGACUCCUGUUUUGGGAGACCCAGUAGAUGGAAGGAAGCCCUCAGGUGGUGUAACCUAGUGCACAUCCUACGGUGCGGUUUGCGGUCUUGUGCUCAGUGACAGUUACUUCCCAGAGGACAGAACCUGCGUUAGCAAGGUCCUCAGAGAUGCCCGUGUUCAGUAGAACAGCAGUUGGUUGAUACCCAGCAAGGCAGAGCGAGUCUCAGCCAGAUACAAGUUUAUAUUCUUACAUCAGAGUAGCUAUUUUUUUUUUUUUUGGCAGAUUUUUAGGUAUUAUGCAAAACAGCCUCUUUUCUUUGGAGUGUAAGAUAUGUUGCUUGGGCCCUUUUUAAGGAACAUUUAUGUGAUCCAUUGCAAUUCCUGAGGCUGUACUGUCUGAUUCUUGUUUUGUUCUUCAGGAUCUGAAAUUUCAGCUCUUCUAUUCUGGUUGCUCCUGAGGCUUUAAAAACACAGUUUCUGCAAAUUAGUUUGUUUUUAGUUGUUCCAGCAGGACUUUCCGUCUCCUGAAACCCUUUCUAUUCCACUAGGAGGCAGAAAAUUCCCACUGGUUGUAGAUUUGUCUUGUUUUGUACUUGUUCAUCGGUCAGUGUGUGGGUUGGACACCUUGCUGUGUGUCCCAUACAAGGACACCCGUGUUAUCCAGGGAACAGCUUGAUGCAGAUUUCUUGGAUUUAGCCUCCAGCUUCAGUGUCAGAAGGACUUCCUGAGUUAGUAGAGGCAAGAAACAUAGGUGAAGAAUUCUAGUGGCCCCUGCUGUUUCCCUUUGCCUUUUCAGCUGUUAUCAGGGCAGAGGAGAGCAGCUUCUCAUACGGGAAGGAGCCUUUCCACAAUUAUUCUUACGUCACUUUCUGUGAGAUACAUGAGCUGCGGAACCCCCAGCUCUCAGUGGCUCUUAGCGGUUGGAGAACUGUUUCUUGACCACUUUCCUGAGAGCAGUUCUUGAGUUGGCCCAGAUACACACAGCACCAGGAGGCAGCUCGUAAAUUCCUCAGUGGCCGAGAUGGACAAACCACAUGGACUUGGUUCGUAGCAGUCAGGGUCUCACACAGAGCCUUAAUUUUAAAUAGAAUUCCACCAAGGUCAAUAAUUUGUAUUCCCAGCAGUCAUCUAACAGGCACCAGAGGGAGAUGUGGGGACCGGCAUCCAAUAGCAGCAGGAGGAGGGCUGUGAGAGAAUCAGGAAAUCGGAGUUGAGAGCUGGAGUCGGGACGUGUGUCUCGCUGUGCUGCCUGGAGCCCCGGGAUCGAUGCUUUUAAGUCUCCUGGAGGUCAGGUGAGGGGCGCUCACGCUGGAACAGCUGGCGCUGAAGGGACAGGGACACUUCCCCGAGAGCCAAGGUGGAGCUGCCUUCCAAUGAGUUGCGCAGAGGCUGAGGGCUGGCAGUGGUGCUCUGCUGUAGAGCCAGCCCCCUUGGCUGCCGGCCUCAGUCAGCUCCAGCUGCAUCUCAGCACCCGGCACCGUGCCAGGCAGACAGGGCUAAGCACGGUUGUCGAUGUCCACGUAGUACUGUGGGGACUGCCACCCCCCGGGGCCCCCUGGAUCUGAGCUUUUCAGCGGCCUAAGUCCACCUGGGGAAAAUAAUAGGUUCCAGUAAUUUUAAAUUCCUCCAUUAUCAAAGGCAUCAGAAGAAGAGUUAGUAAAUUGACUGGACUAGUUAAAUACUUUAGGAGGGGCCGGGGAUUUAGCUCAGUGGUUCUGCUGCCUGCCUCGCAAGCACAAGGACCCGAGUUUGAUCCCCGGUACCAAAGAAAAAAAGAAAUGCCUGAGGAAGGGACCAGAGACCCCCCCCGCCCCAACAUAUGUCAUGUGUCAGAGUAAACUCCAGGUCCAUUAAGGAUUUGUAUAUAAACAAUUAAGAAAAAGGAUUCAUAGGAUCUUGGCCUCUAAAGAAAUCAUAAGACAAAGGGUGAUAGAUUUUAUCAUGGUUCACCAGCCCGGUACACGUAUUCUCAGAACAAAGAAUGCAGAAUGGGGGAAUAUCUGUAUUACAGUGAUACCCGAAUUGUCGAACACUGCCAAGCUUGACCUUUCCAUUACUCAAACAGCAAAGUUCAAAAAAAAUCUGCUUGGUGUUGGUAACUGCUCAAUAGCCGAACUGAAAAUCUGACUUGAAAAAACCUGUACGGACUGAAAGUGAGUCACACGUCGAGUCUCACUGCAGACAUUAAAUUAAAUUAAUGAAAAGUAAUACUAACAUAAAAAAGGUGAGAUGCUUCAGGGCGGGCGCCGCUGUUGCCUGGACAGCAUCCAGUGCCGUGUCACAGCCUUCGCCCUGGUGCUUUGUUUCUGUUUGCCUAGAAUAUCAUACCACGGCUGCAAAGAAAGUAAAUGAGCCUUGCAGUAAGCUAAGAGGAAACUGUGAGAGCCAUGAUGGAGUUAAAGGAGGAAGUCAUUGCAAAAUUUGUUAAAAUUUGGGCAAAAUGAAUUUGUAAGUGUAAACUUUGGGCCUCGGAACCAAUUAUGUGGUUUUCUACUGUUUCUUAUGGGGAAAACACAGUGUGUGCAGUUCUCAAACUUCCUGGUGUUUGAACACGAAUUUGGCAUGGAGCUCGACAGCCAAGGUUUCGCUGUACAGGGAAGAUUUCUGUUCUUAACGUAGAGACAGUUCUCAGUCUCCCUGUGCACAAAUGAAAAGAUAGUGCAUUAGGUAACUUGGUGCAGAUAGUGGGGGAGGAAGAAAAAGUUUAACCUUAGAUGUAGGGUAUUGAAGACAGUACAAAGCUAGAUUAAAGAUGACAUGAAAUUGGCAAAAGAAAUUUUAAUAGAAUAACAAGUCCUUGCAUAAACCCACACAUACAUGGUCAGUUGAUUUUGAAAAAAGGUGCUAAAGCAAUUUACUGGGGAAAAGAUGUUUUUUUUCAGCUAUGUUGCAGAAACUGUUAAAUGAACCUCGAUCUGUACCUUACCCUGUGUGUGAAAGCUCAACUUGCUUCACAGACCUAGAAGUAGCAUGUGAACCUAAAACUUUUAGAAGAAAACCUAGAUCUUUGUUACCUUAGCAUAGGCAAAGAGAUGUCACAUACAAUUACAAAAGCAUGAUCUGUAAAAGAAAAACUUGAUAAAUUGGAUUUUAUAAGAAUUAAUGCUUGCUGCUUGAAAGAUACUGUUAAGCACAGACUAGGAGAAAAUCAUUGCAAAUCAAAUACUGUAUAAAGAAGUCUCAAAACUCAGCCAUAACGGGCAACCCAGUUUAAAAAUAGGCAAAAGAUUUUUACAAACAGGUUAGCAAAGACUGAACUUGGCAAGUCAGCGCCAUUUGUCAUGAAGGAAAUGCCGGUGAAAACCACACCCGUGAAGUGAAGUGGCCUGCCUUCCAAACCCUGGUGGUUCUCAGCCUCGGCCUCCGAGACAGAGUAGAGCAGCAGGGCUCCGUUAUCUUUGGAAAGUGGCUUGCGGGUUCCUAGAAAGGUUAGUGGGCACUCACCUGGCAAGCCCACUGUGUCCACCCAAGAGAAGCGAAGAUGUGUGUUAGCAGAAAGCGAGUACACAGGGCUUUCCUGGCUGGCUGCCUGCAUAACUGGCGCUAAGGGAGAUGAGUUGGGUCAUGCCCGCACCGCGGGGUACACGGGGCAGCAGCACGUGGGCAACCAGACUGCAAGCUGCGAAAUUCCACUUCUAGGGGCAGAAGGGGGACCCGUGGGGCCCUAUUUAGUGCCUUGGGAAGGAGAACCUGUUUUAAGUCUUAGCUAAGAGGGCCGGGGAUUUAGCUCAGUGGUUCCGCUGCCUGCCUCGCAAGCGCAAGGACCCGAGUUCGAUCUCCGGUACCAAAAAAAAGUCUUAGCCAAGAGUUGCCACAUGCAAGUGAUUCCCGUUAACUGAUAUUUUAGUGGUUUGUAUGUUAUCUUAUGAAAAUCCUCGAUGUUUUAAAAAUCACCUUAAAACACUGAAGCACUUCACUAGCUAUGAAAUGAGCAUCGAGACUGCAGACUUCCAACUUACAAAGUGCUGACCAUGCAGACUCUAGUGUGUACUCGACUAGAGAAAUUGAACUGGACUAAAUUGUACUAAAUUUAAACAUUUCUGCUUUCUGCUUCAAAGUUAGACCCGUAAAGUUCUGUUGCAUUUGCAUUUGUCCCAGUCUUGAAGGGAACUUGAAAUGUGCAGUCACUGCUUGAAAGUCUCGUGCCCCACGGUAGAGGACCCUCCCUCUGAACGGUGUCCACUCUGAAGCUCCAGGGCUAAGGCCUGUGUUCCCAUACUGUCGCAGGACUUCCAGUAGUGAGCAUUGUACCUUUGUAACUAGUGUCGCCACGGAAUUGGGCCAAGGCUAGGGCUUUUCCCCUGGAGCUGACAGAAGGAGAGGUUAGGGUUCACAGAGUAGCCUUGAGAAGAUCUUGUUUUGGAGAGGCGUGGGUUUGUAGCUGAUUCUGCACCGAGGUCUUAGGAGUGCCCCACAGGGUAGCUCUGGGUGGCAGAUCACCCAAUGUGGCUGUCAGGAAAUGCGCCCACGUAGCCGCCUCCCUGGUGACUCUGGCAGGGUGUCACCUUACAGUCAAGGACUUGAAGCUCUGUUCUGAAGCAGGGAAGUGGAGCUGGGGCAGUACCCGGCGGCUGGCCCUGAGGCCUUCCCUGGCUGCAGGAGCACCAAUGCGCUCCCUAACACUGCAGUACUGAGCCCUCCAGAGCACACUUUGUCAGUCUCUGGGCUAUCGAGAAGCUCUGUGGACCCCACGCCCCUCUUUUUUUUUUUUUUUGGUACCGGGGAUUGAACUCUCCACUUCACUCUUAAAGUCAUGUUUUAUAAGACUCAUGGAUUUCUAUGGAACAUUAAAGAAUUUUGUUUUUGGUAUCAGGUUUCGAACUCGGGACUUUGCGCUUGCGAGGCAGGCAGCAGAACCACUGAGCUAAAUCCCCAGCCCACAUUAAUGAGUUUUAUAUUUGAGUUUUCUUCGCUCUUGAAGCACUUAUGUGUGCUCAAAAAGUGCGAGUCUGGAGAGGAGGUUGGUUGGAAUCCAGGGAACCUUGCAGGACCGAGGGUGCCGGGUCACAGGCGUGAGACAGACGCUGUGAGUAGAGAGCACACCUCAGCCUUUUGUCAUCCCCUUUCCGACCCCGUGAAGAGGAGGGUCAUCGCAGGCCUGAGCUCAGCCUGGGCCACCUAGGCAUGUAGUGAGACCCUCUCUCAGAACCUGGAAGGGCGGGGAUCACUGCAGAGGUAGCCCAGGGCAGACGCCUGGGUUCAACCCCAGCACAAAGAAUGUUUCAGCUUGCUUAAAAUACUGUACCUGUGCAUCACAUCAGCAUCUCUUACGUGUAUCUGGUUUUAAAUUUUACAUGCAAGUAAACGAGUGUUCUUGUCCUUCAAGUAAAGGAAGUGUAUGGCGUAAGCAGGGUGAAGUGCCCUGCUUUCCCACUUGCUCUGCUUCUGUACCCUGAGGUGCCCUGGCUCCUGCCUGGGGCCCGGCAGUGAGGCCUGCAGUACGAUGCUCAGACACCGGCACCCGGGACAGCAGACCCAGGGGAGCUGGGGCGGCCGCAGUCACACAGCGGAGCAGUGUGACAGGUGAGCCCGGCUGGCCACUGGUGCAGGAUGCCACGGGCUGGCUGAGCCUCCUCCUGGCCUACAAAGCUCAUGGGAGGCUGAGGUCAGCCACAGCUGCCUUCACUGGCCACCCCUGCAGGCGCUUCUCGGCUUCCUGACCCUGAGUAACCUUUACCGCCUGCCCUGCACCCUGAGACCAUCUCAGCCCCUCUCCAUUAGGGUUCCCGCACUCAUCAGACUGGUGUUGCCGGCCCUGGCUGGGACAGGGACACCCAGCACUCUGCAUACGGGGCCUCAGGUACCCGGCCGUGAGGACAAGGUUCGCGAUCAUAGCCCGUGGUGAUGGUGCCGCCCUCGGUGGCCGGCUCUCUGCUUGGGCAGGGGACAGGGUGGGGACCUCAGGGGAGAGCAGGGUCCUGGGGCCCCUUGGUAGAGUUGCCUGCACCUGCUGACACGGAGCCCAGGACCCUCAGCGAGGGCCCGCCAUGUCUGGGGUCACCGGGUGUGUGGCAGUGCUGGUGACCACCCGAGUGCACAGGCGGGACUUGAGAGCAGGGGCUGCGCUGAUGACGCUUGCUUGGGCAGCAUCGGGUUCAGAAGUCACCAGGGGCAUCAGAUGAAUUGUGGUUUGGAGAAGAAAUGUUAAUAAAGUAAGUCUGAGAAGCUCACGUUCAUUCUCACUGCCUUUGUUGUUACGGGAGGGAACAUUUCUCUGUGAAACAGCAAAACCUUGCUUCUGAGCAGAUCUUUGAUGGAGCCAGGAUGGUGGAAAUAUCCUCAAACAUGACUCAAAGACUUGCUUCCAGACUCGUAGGGCAAAUUCUUCAUGCCUGUCAGCCCCACUCCUGGACCCGACAGUUUUGGACUUUGAGAGUGCUCUCUAGUCCCGUUCCUGGGGGUGAACCAUGGAUCUUGUGUGAAGCAAGCACUGGUGACCCAAGCGCUGGGUGACUUUGGACGCAGAGAGUUAGUUAUUCUGGUGUGAGUGGGGAUUCAGCCUGGCACGCAGCAAUGGUCGGGGUUCUCCGCAUCGAAGAAGCUGCAGAGGCCUGGGCUCCGUUCAGGUGCCCGGACCACCCAUUGUGAAGCAGCGCUGCUGAGAAAGCCCGGCCUCUUCCACGAGAACUGUGCGCGCUGGAAGCAAGAGGCUGGCUUGGAUCUCAGCGCCGGAACUGGGGCGUGAGAGGCGCCUCAUUCCACCUGCGGUGGUUUCAGAACUUCCUGUAUGGCCUCUUGCUUGACUCAUGGCCAUCCUGAUAAAAGAGGGCGAGAAGAGAAGUAGAGGCUGCUUCUUGGACCUCGCUUCUGACCUUCCCAGGGCUUCCUGAUGCGGUUCGUGCUUUGGCUGUGCAGGCGAUUCACUUCAAAAACCGUGCUGUAGAAAACCUCUCAGUAAUCGGGACACCCCAGCCCUCCUCUGCACUGGGGUUUUCUCAGACGGUCAGCAUGUCCCUUUUCCUCCUUUGUUCGCAGUUUGGUCUUUUUAUCCUGCCUGCAGUGAGCUUUGUAAUGUGCACUGCACCCCUAGCCUGGAAAGAGCCUGGUUCAGCCGCCCGCUGCAGACCACAGACUCCCACCCUCAGCGCUCGAUGAGAUAUCUGGAGCCUGGGCGUGAUCCUGUUCAUGCUGGUGUGUGGGCAGCCGCCCUUCCAAGAGGCCAACGACAGCGAGACGCUGACCAUGAUCAUGGACUGCAAGUACACGGUGCCAGCCCACGUGUCGAAAGAGUGUAAAGACCUGAUCACCCGGAUGCUGCAGAGAGAUCCCAAGAGAAGGGCCUCUUUAGAAGAGAUUGAAAACCAUGCUUGGCUCCAGGGGGUGGAUCCUUCACCGGCCAUGAAGUACAACAUCCCCCUCGUGUCCUACAAGAACCUCUCGGAAGAGGAGCACAACAGCAUCAUCCAGCGCAUGGUGCUCGGGGACAUUGCCGAUCGCGAUGCCAUUGUAGAAGCCCUGGAAACCAACAGGUACAACCACAUCACAGCCACCUAUUUCCUGCUGGCUGAGAGGAUCCUGAGGGAGAAGCAGGAGAAGGAAAUACAGACGCGGUCAGCGAGCCCGAGCAACAUUAAGGCCCAGUUUAGGCAGUCGUGGCCAACCAAGAUCGAUGUGCCCCAGGACCUGGAGGACGACCUCACAGCCACGCCUCUGUCCCACGCAGCUGUCCCUCCGUCUCCGGCUCGGGCCACCGACAGCGUCCUCAAUGGCCACAGGAGCAAAGGCCUGUGUGAGUCGGCCAAGAAGGAGGAGCUCCCCGAGCUGGCAGGACCCGCCCUCUCCACAGUGCCUCCCUCGAGCUUGAAACCCGCGGUCAGCGGGCGGAAGUGUCUCUUCAGGGUGGAGGAGGACGAGGAGGAAGAGGAGGAGGACAGGAAGCCCAUGUCCCUGUCCACACAAGUGGUUCUGCGGCGGAAGCCGUCUGUGACCAACCGCCUGACGUCCAGGAAGAGCGCGCCCGUCCUCAACCAGAUCUUCGAGGAGGGGGAGUCCGACGACGAGUUCGACAUGGACGAGAACCUGCCCCCGAAGCUGAGCAGGCUGAAGAUGAACAUCGCCUCCCCGGGCACUGUGCACAAGCGCUACCACCGGAGGAAGAGCCAGGCCCGGGGCUCCAGCUGCAGUAGCUCCGAGACCAGCGACGAUGACUCCGAGGGCCGACGGCGCCUGGACAAGGACAGCGGCUUCCCCUACUCCUGGCACCGGCGGGACAGCAGCGAGGGGCCCCCGGGCAGCGGGGGCGACGGCGGAGGCCAGAGCAAGCCGGGCCCCGGCAGCAGCGGCGCGGAGCAGGCCGGCCCGGGGGACAGGAGCACGGGCGGGGGCAGCCCCUCGGGGGGCACGGGCGGCACCCCGGGCGGCACCUCAGGCUCCACGCGCCGCUGCGCUCCGGGGCCUCCCAGCGCCGUGCAGCUGGCCGCACGCAGCGCCGGGGAGCUCGUGGAGAGCCUCAAACUCGUGGGCCUGUGCCUGGGCUCCCAGCUGCAGGGCGGCGCCAAGCACAUCAUGGACCCGCAGCGGGCGCGGGCGCUGGCGCUGUCCAGCGUGAAGGUGCAGGAGAAGUCCUCGUGGAAGAUGUGUGUGGGCUCCGCCGUGGGCGCCGGCCCGGCCCCGGCUGUGGGUGGCAUCCAGUUCUUCUCCGAGCACGUGGCCGGGGCCACCGCCGAACUAGACCGUAUAAAGAGCAAGAAGCUGAAAAGCAGCGUGCUGCAGCUGCCUCUGUGUGAAAGGACCAUCUCCGUGAACAUCGGGCGGAGCCCCAAGGAGGGCCUGCUGUGCGCCUCCAGCCCCGCCAGCUGCUGCCACGUCAUCUGAGCCGCCCCGCCCCGCCCCGCGACCGCGCAUGGUCUCUGCAUGCUGCUAGGCCCGCUUCUUUCCGGCCGCAAAGUCUGUGUGUCAUUUCUACCGUCAUAAUUCUAAUGUGGAUGAUCGGGAUGAAAUUAAAUUGUACGUUUGGAACCUAAUGUAAAUGGAGCACUUAGAAAUUUGAUGUUCUGCACUUAACCUAGAGAGAGAGAAAUGCAUUUGUUUCUUGUGCACAAUCUAAGUUCCUGUCCUGACCUUCUGUGAUCCAGUAACUCCGUGCUCUGAGGCGCCAGCGGUGCCCGAGACAGAACCAAAGCAAUAAUGCGGCGUGGCCCUGCCGCCCACAGCCCGGCGGAGCCGAGGACGGCAAGCGUCUGCACUGAGAACCCUGAACUGCGACCCCAAAUGCCCGCACCUGUGUCUUACGCUAGACUGUGAAACAGGAAGCUUGGGCUCUCACAGGUCACCGAACAGGAUUCUCCCACUUUCCUAGAGGUGAGGGGGAAGACAGCUUUCUGAAGCAGCUUCCCCACGGUGCCCGGCGCUCGCAGACAGUCCCAUGCUACGAUGAGGUGAGUGCCUGACUGUCCGUCCGUCCAGCGGAGCACAGGCUGCCCGUGGGCAGCGCUUGCAGGGCUGCGUGGGGCCCGCCGCUGGCAUCCUCAAAACCAAGCGGACGGAGGCAGCGGCAGCGGCAGGCCCUGCUCGGCAGAGCGCAACAGAUGCCGGCCGAGUCUCACGUCUGUGGUGCACACCAAACUUCCUGGGAUUUGUUUCCUAGGAGUUUGCUAAUAGCUUAUCUCUUGUUAUUUCCAUUUCAUUCCAUCCUUUAGCUCAGCUAGCUAUGAAAAUUGGCUGAUCAGAAAUACAGAUAAAAAGGUAAAAUUCACUCAGCAGUCAAAGAUGUGCAAAGCCUUCUUUGUAGCUGUUCCCCUGUAUUUUGUUUUGCCUUCCUGCCAGAAAACAAUCAGAGGACUCUGGCUUUAACCUGUCCGAACACAGAGACACUUUAGACCAGAUAAUCAUCUCAUGGCAGUUCAUCUUGCAGGAUGCGAUUGAUCGCAGAUUGUGAAUUUCGCAAGGACAGAUGCUGUUUUCUCAUGCUGUGCCCUGGGGGCUUGAAAGCAGUGUUCAGCAACCUUCAGGUGGGCUGUGGCCGGCCCCGGGCCCCUCCUCACUCUGGCUCCAUCACGGCUCGCCUCGGAGUGACGAGCUCGACUCAGAGCAGCAGAGCAUGGAAGAGCUGCAGCGGGCAGCCUCGGUGUCCGCAGCACACUGCUCGGCGGCACAGGGCUGGUGAGCGCAUCAUACUCAGAACUCGACUCGCACAGUGUACCUAACCGUAUAAGUACAGAUGAUACUUAGAUCCUCACUUUACUUUGUAGGCCUAGGUAGCUAGAUACGUCUUAAGCUACAGCUCUAGUUCAUUGUGAUAUUUAUACCGAAAGCUAUGAGAAUAGAUGUGUGGGUGAAGCCAUAGAACAUAUUUGCUUGAAAUUCUUGAGCAGGGAUCUUUAAAGGGCCAGAAAUAAGAUGUGUGGUUCACGUAGAUAGUGAGCGUAACAUCUGUAUUAAACGUAGGAGAGAGGUUUCUAAAGGGCAUUGGCAAUAAACUCUUUGUUGCAGCUGUUUUCCAAGUCCUGUAAAUACUUUUCCUGUGAUUGUGCAUAGCCUUGGAAUGGCACCUUUUAACUAACCCACCUGUGUUUGGUUUUCAGUGGUUUUUAUAUUCAGAUGUAUAUAUGGUGCUCACUUUAGGAUCAGCAGUGUUGACCAUUUAUGCUGCAGAGCUGUAUCAUAGCCUUAUUAGUUGUGUGUGGUUGGUUGGCCCUCUGGGCCACACAUCUGUCUGAGUGGUGUCUCAGCCGUCCGUAAGUGAAUUGACGGUGCAUGUGUCGUAUGUCGUCGUGCGUCAGCUGUAAGGGAGGGGGCGGAACACCAUUACAUUGAGAUACUCUUGGACCAAACUCCUUAGCCUGCUCCACAGCCACUUGUACCCUAACCUCUGUCUUCAGAAGUUGCAUAGAGUUACAGUAGUGCAUAAUUAAAUAUUGUGGAAAACAGUCUUGUAUUUUUCUGUAUGUGUGUAUAUAUAUAAUUAUGUACUUCUGACAAUUCUGUAUGUAUUUAAAGUAGUGACAAUCUUGACACCAAUUCUAAGAAUAGCUGUGAGCCUGGACUGAAUUAACGAUGUCCUGCAGAAUUGAUGUGUGUUCCGAGGGCACACAGUUAUCAGCUGAUUCGCUCAGUUGCUUCCAUUUCUGGCGGACUUUCCUCGUUGUGUAAACAUUUACAGGUCUGUGACAAAUGGAGAAUAAUCCCAAUAAUAAAGUGACAUUGGUGUUCAGCAGUAGAA